ACCUCGGUCACGUAGGAUUGCGUAGAAGCAGGAGGGAGGCGAGGCUGCCGGCUGGCUGGCUGUCCAAGGCUCGGAGGAGGAGGAAGCAGCAGCUGCAAUUUCGCCCUGCCGCUCAGCCCAGCCGCCGCCGGAUCGGGACCCGAGCACACCCCGCCCCCGCCGCGCACGGAUCCCCGGGGAUGGCAGCGAGGAGGGCGACGGCAGCAGCCUGGCGGCCCCCGGGCGGCCCAUGAACAGCUCCAGCCCCGGCUGGGGAAGCCCCUCGCUGGUGGGGGCGGCCGCUGCGCCGCCAGGAGUCGGAGGAGGAGGAGGAGGAAGGGGGCUUCUGCGCCGGGCCGCUGCUGCGAUGGGGCGACGGAGCUGAGGCAGGCGCGGGAGGAUGUGGGGCGGGGGCCCCCCGGGAGCUGCAGCAGCGCCGGCGGAGGGGGCGCGGGAGAGGCGGCGGCGGCGGCGAAGGAGGGCGGGCGUGUGAGCCGGCAGCAGAGGGAGAGAGCCCGCCCCCUCCCUCCCUCCCUCCGUCCCCCCCCACCCCGCGGGGAAGGAGCGUGCCGACGGCGCCUGCUUCGGAGCGGCCGCCAGAAAGAGGCCUCUCCGAGCGCCCGGCGGGGGGCUGCAGGGGCCAUGAGGGGCGGCUCGGCGAGCGGCGGACCUCCGGCAAGCUUGGCCAGGCCCCGACCGGCUUCGGAGCGAGAGCGGCGCCGCAGCAGCAGCAGCAGCAGUAGCCGCCCCGUCGGACCAAGCCUUCUUCUUCUUCUUCGCCGCCGCCUCCUCCUCCUCGCGAGGUACCGCCGGGCCCCGGGGCCACCUGCCGGGGGAGACUGAGGCAGCAGGGAAGCCUCCGCUCCCCGCCCCGGCUUCUUCUCUCUCGGACUCUUCGCCGGCCUGUGCCCGCCCCGUCGUGCCAAGGCGCCGUGUCCUGGACCAGACAGCUGUUGCAGCCAGUCGCGGGGGGGGGGGGCGACGUCCACGGACCCCGGGUCAUCGGAGCACUGGACAAGGCGAGGGCCUUCCGUCGGAUCUACAAAGGGCGGGGGCAGAGAAGGCUUUUCCCCCCAGCCUCUGGGCUGGGGGGGGGAGAGGAGGGGGCUUGCUCGGCGCCUUCUUCCCGGCCGGGACUCGCGGCUUCUGCUGCCAGCCUCGAUGGGGGCGCCGUCGUCGAGGGGGCGAUGAUGGCUAGCGCCGCCGCCGCCGGCCUGUGACUGCUGCCCCCCGCGCCGUCCGGCCAUGGCCGCCGCCAUCGCCAGCUCGCUGAUCCGGCAGAAGCGCCAGGCGCGCGAGUCCAACAGCGACCGCGUGUCCGCCUCCAAGCGCCGCACCAGCCCCAGCAAGGACGGCCGCUCCCUCUGCGAAAGGCACGUCUUGGGCGUCUUCAGCAAGGUGCGCUUCUGCAGCGGCAGGAAGAGGCACGUCCGGCGGAGACCAGCAGAGCCCCAGCUGAAAGGGAUUGUGACAAGGUUAUUCAGCCAGCAGGAGUUUUUCCUGCAGAUGCACCCAGAUGGGACGAUUGAUGGGACCAAGGACGAAAACAGCGACUACACCCUCUUCAACCUAAUUCCAGUGGGCCUUCGUGUGGUGGCCAUCCAGGGCGUGAAGGCGGGCCUCUACGUGGCCAUGAACGCUGAGGGGUAUCUCUACAGCUCAGACAUUUUCACACCAGAGUGCAAAUUCAAGGAGUCCGUCUUUGAAAACUACUAUGUUAUCUAUUCCUCCACGCUGUACCGGCAGCAGGAAUCGGGAAGAGCCUGGUUCUUGGGACUCAAUAAAGAAGGGCAGAUUAUGAAGGGCAAUCGGGUGAAAAAGACCAAGGCUUCCUCACAUUUUGUACCAAAACCCAUCGAAGUGUGCAUGUACAGAGAGCCAUCCCUGCAUGAAAUUGGAGAGAAACAAGGACGCUCCAGGAAAAGUUCAGGGACACCCACCAUGAACGGAGGCAAAGUUGUCAACCAGGACUCAACAUAGCGGAGAGACCCGUCACCCGCCCCGCAUCCAACGUCUCCGCCUCCACUCAGCCCCCCCUCCGCCCCCAUCCCGCCCAGCGAACCCUCACUGAGACAGCGAUAAACUGAGCAAGGCAGGAACUUCCAGUAGCGGCUAAGAUUCUGAACUCAACCCUUUCCUUUGUGUAGGAUGAGAAGAUCUUGCCUGUUGCGACGUUUUAGAAAACAAUACACACACCCCAAGCGAAGGAAAAAAAUAUAUUUUCAAUCAGGACUCCAUUAACAUUUUAAAAAAACAGCAAAACUGUUUGCUCUGUGAUCAGGGGGGGGAUUGUUCAUCUCUGCAUAAUAAAUAAUAAUAAAUUAUUAUCUAACAAUAAUAAUACAUAAUAAUACAUAAAUAAUAAUAAUAAUAAAGGUGUUAUCUUUAAAAAUAAAACAGAUUUGCUUUUGGAGAA